AUGGAUGAUCUAGAGCCAGAUCGAUCACAUUUUAAGACACCUAUGCUAACACCAGUUGUUAGUGAUGCAAAUAAUCCAGACGAAGAUUCAGAUGUACAAUGUUCAAUAGCACAAACAGAUUAUCAACGUAUGGCUGAUCUUACAAGACAUUUUGAUGCACAUGCAAAUCUCAAUUAUCUAUUAAAUGAUAGUGAUUUAUCUCUUCAUCCUCAAACUUCACAAGAACGUGAUGAUGAUAUUCAUCCAUCUGUACAAGCAACUAUAUCAACACAAGGCAGUUUUUCUGGAAUUAUACCAGACAUAGAUUCUGACUUUGAAGCAAAACCAAGUGAUGUCUGUGCAGAGAGUUUCUGUGUACCUUGUACAAUGAAACUAGAUGAAAAAGAUGACAUCUUAUUUAUGAAACAAACAUCAACGACAUACGUAACAGAAUAUACUGAACCAAAAAAAAAUAAAAAUGAUAUUGGACAUAUUAUGAUUAGCUAUAAUCAUUCAACAAAAACUUUAUGUUCGAGAAUUGCUAGAGAAUUGAAAAAUUUAAAUUAUCUUGUUUGGAUUGAUCAGGAUAAUAUAUCUGGUGAUAUUUUAACAUCUAUGGCUUCUGCUGUCGAAAAUGCAUAUGUUGUUUUAAUGGCAAUUAAUGAUAAAUAUUAUAAAAGUCGAUAUUGUCGAUUAGAAGCUGAAUAUUCUGUUGAACGUAAUAAAGCAUCUAUUCCGAUGUUAAUGCAAGCAGGUUACAAAGCAAUUGGUUGGCUUGGAAUAAUUAAUGGAUCAAAAUUUCAAAUUGAUUUCAGUCAACUUCCAUUCGAUGAAGCAUUCAAUUUACUUAGACGUGAAAUAGAAGCGGUUCGACUUUCCCUAGGAGCCGAUGUAGAUGGUCAAACAAGUACGACGCAUAAUAGUUAUAAUAAUCAUGGCAUUACAACAAUGAGUAGUUCUUGGACUCCUGUUGUAAAUGUUAAUGAAUGGAAUGCUGAUGAUGUAAUUGAAUGGUUAAAUCGAGAAAAACUUGAAAUAUUCCAAAACGCUUUAUCACGUUUCACUGGAUCAACACUUUGGCAAUUAUAUAAAAUAAAAUUUGAUUCUGCAACAGAUUAUUAUCGAACCGUUGAAUCAUUACUUCCAUCAACAAUUUCUGAUAGACUUUUUUAUAAUUUAACAUUUAAUGGUGCACUUGAGUCACUUUUUUCCUCAUCGUAUCAGUCAAUACAACGACACUAG